AUGUCCCGCCUAACGUCUUAUUUCUUUUCGGAUGGUGCAGACGAUGAUCCCAUCACCCCAGUUGUAGAGUCUUACCCUCUUAACGAGCGUCGUCCAGCAGCGGCCAUGCAUACGUAUCCCCCCCAGCCUGUUAUCUCCGCCAGUUUAGAUCCUCGUACAUCAGCAACACCAUCAUCGCCCGCUAUAUCACUUGGCGACGAGUUCGGGAUGGAUUUAUUCGACAACCCCUGGGGAACUGCUCGUAGGAAGAGGGAUGACGAUGACCAGCCGCCAAAUAAAAUAUUCCUCAAAGAAGUCGAUCAGUCGUCCAGACUGCGGGAUGAUGUGCGCGAGUUACACUUCUCCAAGCACGAUCUUUUGCUCCGCAAGCGGCAAAUACAGGCCAAUGCCAACUCACAAGAAUCGAAUUUGCGAUCCGUCAUCGCGCAGUAUCAAGAACGUCAGGGAUUCCUUGAGCGUGGCAAAGCCGAUGCCCUCACAUCAUUGAAUGAGAAUCAUCAUAAUGAACUCGCCAUCUUCCAGAAUCGAAUGGCGUUGGGUAUACGUGAAGCAGAACAGGAGGCGCGCACAGAACGAGAUAUCUCAUUAGCUAAACAAGACGCUUUCUUUCAAUAUGAAGGUAACGUGGCUAAAAAGAAAUUGUUGGCCGAGAAAGAAGCCGAGUUAGCCCGCCUCGCUGCCGGGUAUAGCAGCAAGAUAGCUUCAUUGGAUAGCCAGAUGCGACAAGCAAACAUCGCAAGUUCCUCUCCCUCCCUCCCUUCAUGGCGCCAUGUUGUAGGCAAAAGACCUGUUGCCACAUGCACGAAUAUUGUUGGGUUUUCGAUAAUUCCUGACGCAAGUUCAGAUUCUGAUAGAGACGAGGGUCCUCAGACUAGUGCGCCUCCCCUGACUUCGCUAUUAAGUGAUGUCCCGAUCCAGAAUGCCACCGUUGGCAUGCUUGUUGAGGCGCUGGCAAAGGUUCUACUGCAGACAGCGCCCCCGAGGGCAGCUCGAUCCAAACUCAAAACCCAUGAGACCCCUAUCGAGAAUUUUACUGAUGCUCAGCGCCGAAAUAAUAAGGCCAAUGUUCGGGAAUUAUUUUACACGGCAUUCCAUUUCGCGAAAGAUGACGAGUAUAUGCUUCAUGUCACUGCGUCGAGCGAAGCCAUAUCGUGCUUUACGCAAGGACUGGGCACGGGCCCUGACCCUCUCGAACUGCACUGGGAUAUGACGACCACGCACAACUCCAAGUGGAACCAAAGAGUAAUCGAUAUUCUGUGUUCUCAGUAUACUUGCACGUUUGAGACGAACCAAUUGGCCACAAGAUCUCCUCAGUCCAUCAAAAACGAUAUUACAAAGAAAUUCAAUCAAUGCCGCAGUUCCUGGAGAAGAGCCCAGCCUCGUGUGCUUGACGAUGGCACUCGUGAGACUAUGAAAGAUGUAGGAGACCGACUCGUGGAUCAGACCAACGAGCGAUUGCGGGUCACAAGGGUCCUCACUCGCAGGGCGACAAAGUUCGAAACUCGUAAGAAAGUCACGUCGGCCCUGCUAAGUGACAGGAUAGCGACCGGAAAGGAUGACCAGGCUGUAUGGGCGUAUCUACAAUCCCUUGUGGAGACUCUGGGCAAAGAUGGCAUGAGCUCUGACGAGAGUGAGCACGAAGAUGGCGAAGUUCAGGUGUUUCGUCUGAAGAAGAUGCCGUGGAGAGCAGACGUCGAUCAUGAGAUGCAUAUCAUUGAUCAACAGCGGUUGGCGGGUGCUUCAAACUUCACUCCCCGCGGAAGCAAACCCGCAAAGCGUUUUCGCAACGCGAUCCAAGAGUCUUCUCGCCCAGCAAUCGAAGGCUUACCGAGGGCGUUAUACAAUUCAUCGUGGUUGAAUGCCCAAUCUCCUUCGUUCACAGUAUCUGACAAGAAGCUUCAGAGAAUGGAAAUUAUCCUUUCCCGCUAG